AGAUCAAGUGCGCAACCCGAUAACGACCUGCGCAGUCAUUGCAAACGACAGAUAUACGACAAACAGCGACGAGGCGUGAGCUCCUUGACAUCUCACUGCUUCCCCUCUACAACUCAUUACGACGUGCUGUACAGCUCUUUGCGAAUGAUUGUCUUCAGACUCGACCCAAUAUCUGCGACGCCAGUGUCACACUUCAUCCACGAGCACGUGCGCGACAGCGAGCUGUACGAUGUGAUGGUUGGCGUGGAGGUAAAGGCAGGGAAGCCGCUCGUUGGCGUUGAGCGGAUUCGAGAGAUGAUGCAUGAAGCCCGCAUCAAGCAUGCCGAAGCUCUGCGCGACGGUGGGUUUGUCGAUGUAGACAUCAUCUACAAAUGCCCGCUGUAUCAAGCGGAGCCUUUCCGAAGCGACAAAGAGCGGCUCGAGGCGAUGGUAGGUCCUCCAUGAGAUCAACACGCGAUCCAUUGCUCACCGUAACUUCUAGGGAGCGAAGCCAUACCAUAUGUACCCGUUCCGAGCGAUGCAAAAGGAGAUGGCACUUAGUGCUGUCGUUGAGCCUCACAUUCUUGAGAUUGUCUACCCGCCAGAGCGGCGCAAAGCGCUCAAUAUCGUCAUCAACACCAACACCGCACCAGCUGAGCCAGAGGAGCCGUCAGCCGAAGAACCAGAUGUCGCAUCCGGAAAGCAAUCGCCAUCCGACGGAGAGGACACCUUGUUCCCGUACGACAUGCCCGAGGCAGCAGAGAGAGCCGAGGACAAGCUGGAGCGUGUGCUGGCGUCCCUUGUAAAGCGACCACGUAGUCGCAGCGUUCUGAAAGUUCAAAGUGCGCCACGAGGAGGUUGGCACAGGUUCCAUUCCGUGACCAGAGCUGAACAGCCUCAGCCAGUCUGGGCGCCAGCCACUACGGUGCUGUUCCAGAGCCACUCUGAUAGUGUCCAUCCUAGACGCCAGUGGUGGCAGGAUGAUCUGGAACAACGUCGAGCGCAGCUUGACGAGGGAGUGGAUUAUUGUAUAACCCGCCCGACGAGUAAAGCUUUCAUCUCCGAUUGGGAUGAUAUGUGGUGGAAGGAGGACGUCGGAGGUGCCUUCGAGGUAGAUACACCUAAACUCAUGGAACUCAAGCAAGCCAAGGAGCAAUACAUUGUGCAGGUAGAGGCCGCGAGGUCUUUCUACAAGCACUACGCCGGAUUGCAGCUUCAAUCACGACAUCAUCCGGGAGUGGCAGAGGUCCAGGACGAGCUGCGCGACAUAGCACGCAUCAAGCGGAAAGUAAAGACACGGCUGAUGGCGGCUCAGCAGUGGCUGAUGGACAAGGCGGAAGCUGCUGGCGAAGGCGUUCCUCCAGAGGCACUGCAUGUCAGCGAGCAGCUCGAGCGCGAGCUGUUCGAGCCAGCCAAUGGUCGACCACAGCAAGAUGCGGGCAACUUAAAGCCUCCUGCCGCCGCACUGGUCCCGAAAACGCAGAAGCAGAUGGUCGAUACGCCAGUCUCUCCGCACUCGCUUGCGGGUGAAGCUUGGAGAUGCACAUAUCCUGCGCUCUCCGACAGUCGGCCUGUUAGUGAGGCGGCGAGCAGCGAGAACACAACAUCGCUCAUUGACGAGAGGGAGACUACGCCGUUUCCAGUCUACGAAGAUCCCAUGCUUAGGCGGACGGAAGAUCUUGCCGCCACUCAGCAGGACAUCAGCAAGCCCUUGGAGCGACCCCGAUCUCGUAGGCGGAACACGUCCAGAGAUCUUGUGGCGCAGCUAGAGUAUUGCAAGACUGGGCCUAUCGACACCGCACUAGCUCUGCAUUCUAUGGGGUCUCUCCCCGCCAUGUCCGGUGACACCUAAGGGCGGAAGCUGUGUCGAAGGUAACAAGACGAAUCCUUUCAAUCUCCCAGUCAUGCUGGAUGUUCCCAGUGACGAUGAUAUGGAGUUCGCAUUACCUGCAAUACUGCAGGAGUAGUUGGUGGACGUCACUUGCAAUGGGCUCAGUAGGUCAAGGUGAGUGACUAUAGGCUAUUUGCCUUAGCAAAUUGGCAUAGCCCAGCAGGUGCGCAGGGCUACUUCAGCGUCCCCUGCGCUAGAGGGCAGGAAUUGGCGUGCGUUGGUUAUUUUGUUGAGAGGCGGGAGAAGAGGUGCAGUCUGGUCCAUGUUUAGUGGGAUCGCCAUGU